AUGUUCAAGGUCAGUAGAAUCACAAGGUUUUCAAGAUGUCUUGUAAGAUAUCAAUCCAGUUCCAAUGGUCCACAAACUACUCACUUUGGUUAUAAGACUGUUAACAAAGAAGAAAAAGAAAAAUUGGUGGGUGAUGUAUUUUCAUCGGUUGCUUCCAAUUAUGAUAUUAUGAAUGAUGUGAUGUCAAUGGGUGUUCAUAGAUUAUGGAAGAAUCAUUUCAUCAACAGAUUGGAUUGUGGGAUGAGACCAGGGUCUAAUAAACCUUUAGACUUCUUGGAUGUUGCUGGAGGUACUGGUGAUAUUGCUUUUGGUUUAUUAGAUCAUGCUGAAAAGAGAUUUGGUGAUAAUGUUUCAACCAUGACGAUUGCUGAUAUUAAUCCUGAUAUGUUAAAAGAAGGUGAAAUCAGAUACAGAGAUACUAAAUGGUUUAAAGAAGCUAACCAAAGAGUAGAAUUCUUGGUCCAAAAUGGUGAAACUUUAGAUAAAAUUAAAGAUAAUUCAAAAGAUGUUUAUACUAUUGCUUUCGGUAUUAGAAAUUUCACUAAUAUUCAAGAAGGUUUGAAUCAAGCUUAUAGAAUUUUGAGACCAGGUGGUAUUUUUGCAUGUCUUGAAUUUAGUCAAGUGGAAAAUCAAUUGAUCGAUUCAAUUUAUCAAUUAUAUUCAUUUUCAUUAUUACCUUUAGCAGGUCAAUUAAUUGCUAAUGAUAGAGACAGUUAUCAAUAUCUUGUUGAAAGUAUCCGUAAAUUCCCUAAAAAAGAAGAAUUCAAAGGAAUGAUUGAAAAAGCUGGAUUUUACGUUCCUGAAAAGGGUUAUGAAGAUUUGACUUUCGGUGUUGCUACAAUUCAUAUUGGUGUUAAAUUAUAG